AUGUUAUUAUUCUCUACUACUGGUAGGUUCUCUAAGCAGAUAUUCAAUAAACACAAACGUCAAGAGGAUUCACAAGAUGUAAUCUCUGACAAACAAAAUGGUGAUACAGAAUCAAAAGGGACUGAUUUUAAUCAUCAUUAUCAUCCUAAUUUUCAAAAUACUAGAACAUUCCAAGAAGGCCCAAGUUCUGGGUUUGUCUUGACACAGGUAGGUGAUGAUGCAACUAUAUUAACCAAGAGUAGUGAAUCUACUAUUGUCCAUAAAGAAACUUUAAAAAUCAUUGAUACUCACCCUGAUUUGUUUUCUGAUGGUCAUAACUAUGAUAAUGCCUCACUUUUGUUUGAUGAAGAUAAAGAAUUUCCAGAAGGCGGCUUGAAAGCAUAUUCAGUUGUGUUUGGCUCCUUUAUGGGGCUGAUCCCCGUCUUUGGUCUAAUUAAUUCAAUCGGUGCCAUUGAAUCCUAUAUAUCCAAAAACCAAUUGGCUUCAGUGGGAUCUUCUACUGUCUCAUGGAUCUUUUCUAUCUAUCUAUCUAUUGGGUUUUUUUCUUGUAUCCUUGCUGGUGGUUACUUCGAUAGAAACGGCAGUAAACGCCUGUUGAUGAUAGGUACUAUAUUAUAUGUAGGUGGGAUAUUUGCAUUGGCGGAUUGUAAAGCUCUUUGGCAAUUUAUUCUAGCUUUCUCUGUACUAACUGGGUUGGGCACUGGUAUUCUAAUGACUCCUUUGGUCAGUGUCAUAGCCACUUGGUUUAAUAGAAAAAGAGCAAUGGCUACAAGUGUCGCCACAGCUGGUGGUUCUGUGGGUGGGAUCUUUAUGCCUCCUAUGUUAAGAAAACUGUACACUCAAGUUGGGUUCCAGUGGGCCAUUAGAAUCUUGGCAUUCAUUUGUUUAGCUUGUUUAUUGUUCUCUGUGGUUCUUUGUAGGGAGAGACAGAAGCCAAUUGUUAACUCGUUGGAUUCUAUCUGGGACACAAUUAAAUGGUAUUUUAAUUCUUCCUUCAAUAUCAGAUAUUUUGCUGAACCAAAGUUCUUAUUCACUGCCUUCGGUAUGUCAUUAGUGGAAAUUUCUUUGACAACAAGUUUGACUUUUAUCGCCUCGUAUUCUCUAGAGAUGGGCAACUCGGUAACCACAUCGUAUAAUAUCAUUAUGGCGAGUAAUAUAGUAGGGAUCCUGGGUAGGUAUAUUCCGGGUUACGUGGCAGAUAAAUGGAUGGGACGGUUCAACAUCAUGAUUACUACAAAUUUCGUGUGUUUUAUUUUGAACCUGGUCAUUUGGUUACCCUUUGGUAAGCACGUGAUAGCGUUGUGGAUCUAUAUUUGUCUCUAUGGGUUUUUUAGUGGAUCUGUUUUGUCGAUGACACCAGUCUGUAUUGGACAAAUUUCAAGGACAGAUGAUUUUGGUAAAAGGUACGCUACUGCAUAUUGUUUGCAGGCAUUUUUAAUCAUCCCUGCCAUUCCAAUCGGUGGUGCUAUUAUUGGAAAUGGGUCUAAAGUUGGGUAUGACAACUUUAUUAUAUAUGUGUCUAUGAUCAUGCUAGCUGGAACGUUAUGUUUCUCUCUUACUAGGUAUUUUUGCGUGGGAAUGAAACUUGCUAAGUUUUAA